AUGGAGUCCUCGGCAGACAGGCUGGCCACGGCGGCGGCCCGGGGUCGGGCGGAGGAGGUGCGGGCCCUGCUCGAGGCGGGGGCGCAGCCCAACGCGCCCAACCGCUGCGGUCGGAGCCCCAUUCAGGUCAUGAUGAUGGGCAGCACCCGCGUGGCCGAGCUGCUGCUCCUCCACGGCGCCGAGCCCAACUGCGCGGACCCUGCCACCCUCACCCGACCGGUGCACGACGCCGCCCGGGAGGGCUUCUUGGAAACGCUGGUGGCGCUGCACCGGGCCGGGGCGCGGCUGGACGUGCGCGACGCCUGGGGCCGCCUGCCCGUGGACCUGGCUGAGGAGCGGGGCCACCGCGACGUCGCCCGGUACCUGCGCGCGGCCGCAGGGGACACCGAAGGCGGCAGCCACGCCCGCACAGACGCUGCGGAAGGUCCCCCAGCAGACAGGCCAACUUAAAGAACUGCUGAGACCGUGAGGGACUUCAGGACACUUAAGAUCGCUGAUCAUCGAAGUUCCAGCACGGCUGAAACUUCCCCUAUCCCACCGAACUAUUUCCCGCUUUUUUAGUUCUGCCUUAGAAAAUAGCGCUUUUUAAAAAUGUGAGGAGCUGGUCGGUUAGUUCCGGUGGUUAGAGAGCGGUGUUAUAACACCAAGAUCCCUAUACCCUCCAACCACAA